GGCUGGGUCUGGGGGGGUUGGCAACUCUGCAGAGCAGUUCUGCUGACUGCAGUAGAGAGGGACUACCUCAGUGCGUCAGCACUCUGAAAUGAAUGAAGAAAAAACGAAUCAGUCAGAUUGACUGCAGAGACAGAGAGGGAGAGAAGACUCUACACACUUUCUAAUCUUGAUCUUUUGCAUAGCUGUCCUCACAUGCGCUAGUGGCCAGGAGCACAUGCUCUGUAAGAUGUGAAGUACUCCCCAACCCCCCCACCGGUGCUAUAAAUCAAGAUGACCUUCCUUCUUUUCUUCCUCUUGGUCCUUUCCAAGAGCCGAGCUGACAGUUUUGAAGAGGCAUACAGUGACCUGGAACACUACAGGACAAUAUACACCUCAGAAAAUGGCCCCAGACUCUCAGUUGACACAGCACAACCCAAAGUAAUCUCUCAACGUGGAGGCAACGCCACACUGCAGUGCAAGUUCAAUCGGGAUCCCUCAUCUCCCCCAAAUCCCAAAAUGAGGAUUAAAUGGACUAAACUGACUUCAGACUAUCUGAAGGAAAUUGAUGUGUUUGUAGCUAUGGGCUUCCACAAAAAGAGCUAUGGUCGAUUCCAUGGCCGUGUACACCUGCAGGAUGCCAGCAAGAAUGAUGCCUCAUUGGUUAUCACUGACAUCACUCUGGAGGAUUAUGGGAAAUACAAGUGUGAAGUUAUCGAUGGCUUGGAGGAUGAUACUGCAGUUGUAUCCCUUGACCUGGAAGGCAUUGUGUUCCCAUAUUUUCCUCGACUGGGACGUUACAACCUGAACUUCGCUGAUGCUGAGAAAGCUUGCCGAGACCAGGAUGCCACUGUGGCAUCUUUCGAUCAGCUGUAUGAUGCAUGGAGAGACGGGUUGGAUUGGUGCAAUGCAGGGUGGCUCAAUGACGGAUCGGUGCAAUACCCCAUCACCAAACCAAGAGAGCCAUGUGGAGGCAAAAACACCAUUCCUGGUGUGAGGAAUUAUGGGAUGCGUGAUAAGCAAAAGGAAAGAUAUGAUGUCUUCUGUUUCACCUCUAACUACAAAGGACGUUUCUAUUAUCUGAUACACCCUUUCAAACUUUCAUAUGAUGAGGCAGUGCAGGCAUGUCAAAAGGACGGUGCUCAGAUCGCCAAAGUUGGGCAGAUGUACGCAGCAUGGAAGCUGCUGGGCUACGACCGCUGUGAUGCAGGCUGGCUGGCAGACGGCAGCGUACGUUACCCAAUCUCCAGACCACGCAGACGCUGCAGUCCCACGGAGGCUGCCGUCCGCUUCUCUGGUUUUCCAGACAAGAAGCACAAACUCUAUGGCGUCUACUGCUACAAGAGUGACAACUGAGCGUACCAACUGUACAGCUCAAGAACUAAGUGUGAUAAUGUAAGGCGUUAGUUUGAGUGCAUUAAAACUGUGACAAAGUCUCUAGAUACUGUAAUACAAAAGGAUUUAAAUAUAAAAUAAGUGAUUGGUGUUAGUUUGAAGCAAAGAUUCUGUAGAAUUAGGCACCUCAGGCACCCUCUUCUCUCAAAAUCAGAACUUUGCUACAAGACGUCAACAGGACAGGAAGAGUAUUCAUUGGAUGCCGCAGAAAUUAUAGCAACUGGUUCCAGGUCUAAAUGUUCUAAAACAGUACAGCAGUGCUGAAGGAAGAGAUAUUUGGUGAGACUGCAGAAGAAAUUCACACUGUACUCUUCCAUUUAGCAUGCAGUAGCUUGAGGGAUGUUCUAGAACAGAAUGAUAGCAAAGCUUACAUACUUUGAACUGAUACCUUUGGGCACUUAGUUUAUCAUUCAAGAACAUCAUAUUCCAUUAGGGGUGUAACGGUUCACAAAAUUCACGGUUCGGUUCGAUACGAUACACUGAUGUCACGGUUCGGUUCGGUUCGGUUCGGUACGUUUUAGAUACAGCAAAAUGCAAAAACAUCUCAAC